AUGGAGCUGGCAGCCAGUGCGGUCGCCGCAGCUGGGUUGAAGCUGCUGAACUACAACCGUAGCAACUUCUUCGAGAACCUGAAGCUUCAGCAGAGCCGGAAGUUCCGAAGGCAGCAGAUCAUCGCGGCUCAGGCGAACCUGUUCCGCUCAGAUGUGCAGCAAGUGAUUGGGGCCUCGGUGACGGUGCAGGAGCGCUUGACGGUGGUCUCCACGUUGAUGCUCGUGGCCUCCACCUAUUCCUUCGGUCUUUGGCUGCCGACGGAGAGUGCUGACUUCUUGACGGGGUUGUUCUACUUGAGCCUUAGCAACAGCUGCGUGCACUUUCUCUUGGGCCUUUUCUCCUGCAUCUCCGCCAGCAUUUUGGCCCGGACCUCCCAAAAGGUGCUCCUGAACAACUGUGUGAGGCCGCCCUUCGAAGAGAUGAUCAUGGCGGUGGAUGAAGGGGAGCACAAGGAAAGUGCUGAACACUUUGAACGACAAGGUGUCUCAGCCUUGCUACGGAUUCCGGGUGCUCACUUCCUGGAGAGCCGCUUUGGACGCGAGUUGCUGAAGCUGCGGGGCAUGAGAUUGUCCGGGUCCUCUGAGGCGGAGGAGAUUGGCCGGACUUCCAUGAACCGAUUACUGCAGCGACAGAGAUCCAAUGAUGAAGCCAUGAAUCGGCUCCAAGUGCUUUGGGACGAUCUGGCCAUGUACGCCCCAUACUACCUGAGUUGGGGCGUCCGGAACCUGCUCCUAGCAUUUGCGAGUCUCGGACUGGCCCUGGUUUUUGCUGGUGAAGUGGCCUCCCCUCAACUCGGUCAGGUAGAUGAACUGAAACUCCAUUUCACUGAGUAUAGUCAGUGGUCCCCAAACAGAUAG